CCCUCCCCCCCUCUUGCUCCUCUGCGCGUAUCUUUCCUCCCAAGCCUGUUUAUCAGCCCAGCACAGCGCAACAAGAAUUGUCAGAACCACGACACCAGUUUUUUCAAGAGUAACCGCUCCUUUCAUUUGUACCAGCUCGAGUCUAAGAGCCCAGGAUCGAUAAAUUUGUUAGGUUGACACGUUCAAGGCGCACGUCACAAGGUCAUUUUCAUUCCUACAGUCGUCGUCGCAACAUGGCGGAGAUCGUGAGAGUUUUCGUGCUUCUCGCUCUCGUCUCAGUAGCGUUCGCCGCGCCAGUGGUCGAUGGCAACGCGGAUUUGAUUGAGGCGAAGAGCGCCCUCAAGAAGUGGGGCGAGUAUGGCACCUACAUGAAGCUCCUCCAAUCAUCUGGAUUCGAGCCCAUCCUCGCGCGAUACAUCCAAACCCAACCCGUAACCCUCCUCGUGCCCAACGACAAGGCCUUCUCCACUCUCCCCAUGCGCGUCAAAUCCCAGCUCACCGGCUCCAAGCUCAUCAAGCUCCUCGAAUUCCAGAUGAUCCUCCAGAAGCUUCCCUCCGGCUUCCUCAAAAUGGCGCAGCCCGGCUCCAAGUUCCGCACCGUGUACGGCGUGACGCUCGUCAAGCAAAAAGCGGCUCUCAAGAACACCGUGAUUCUCGGCGCGCCCGGCGCCACGAUGCCGUCGCAGAUGGCGGUGGUAACCCGCGGCGACAUGGCUGCGGCGAAGCUGAUGCUGCUGUGCCUGCACGGCACCAACAACGUCAUCCUCCCUCCCAACGUCUUCUUCUAAACGCUCUUUCCGCGUCGGCGUAAACCAGCGUGCCAUCCCACCAUUACGGCUCAUGGAUGUCAUCCCGUUCGCGUAGAUCAAGGAAGCUCGCUGCCGUUAGACGUGGUUUCUUUCCAACCCGUCGUCGCUGACCGACAGUGUCAAGCCGCCUCAUACGGUCUCCUCCCUCCCUCCUCGGGACGGGAAGAUCCCAGCCACCAACAUUAGUCACCCUUCCGUCCACCUCCCAUCUCCUCGUUGGGGAAGGGUUACGCCGAGUCGUCGUCCAUCACCCAUCCUCGGCUUUCAUCUCACGCUCUUGCCAGGGUUCUCGGACUCUCUUCGGGGCUGGUCUGUACCAAAUCUGUGCCGUUAUUCCUUCAUUCGUUUGCCAUAAACAGUUUCUAGGGUUUUCUUGGAAACCCCUCUUAUUUAUUUAAUUCAUUGGUAAUAUCUAGCUGCUGAUUUGCUAGAUCUGG